AGUCAUAUGCUGUCAGGUCGGUGGACCGUCUGCCCACAGCCCGCUUCCCUUUCCUCUGGAGAUCUUUGUUCCGGUCGGCUCUCCGGAAAGCCUGGGACGAUUUGUACCUGGGGGGUGCAUUUGGUUACGGACAGACCUAAGAAGUGAACGACGGCGUCAGUGGCCUUUAAAUUGUGUACCGUUUGAAUUAGCGAUUUAGUGAAGUGGCGUUGCAGGGUCAGCUCGGCAGAUGCCAUGUUGGAGCAGUGAGCAUGGCGGAAAAUCAAGAGGCUUUCGGCUACCUAGAGGGCGAGUCCACCGGGGAGCAUUUCACCGAGGACCCGGAGCUGGCAGCCAUCAAGGCCAGAGUUCUGGAGAUGGAAAUGGAAGAGGAGGCGGAGAGACUGAGGGAGGAGGAGAAGUGUGAGUCUGCAGAGAUGCAGCUACUAUCUAGCAGCCCACAGCCUGGGCUGUUCUACAAUAUGACCCAUGAGGAGAGAAUAGACGCAGACAACAGAUCAGUUUAUGUGGGCAAUGUGGACUAUGGAGCUACUGCAGAUGAGUUGGAGAUCCACUUCAACGGUUGUGGUCCUGUCAACCGAGUGACGAUCCUAUGUGACAGAUUCUCUGGUCAUCCCAAAGGCUUUGCCUAUAUUGAGUUCUCUGAUAGAGACUCUGUACAGAGUGCCAUUGGUUUGGAUGAGACCUUGUUCAGAGGCAGAAUCCUCAAGGUGAUGCCUAAGAGGACCAACAUGCCAGGCAUUAGCACCACAGACAGGGGCGGCCCCCGAGGCGGUCGCUCCAGAGGCAGAGGCUUCCGCCCACUCCGCUACCAUAACAACUUUCAAGGCAGGUUCCGGUAUCAGUCGACCAGGCCGCUCCACCAGCCCACCCAUCCUUACUAUGGGGGCCCCUCAGUGGGCAAGAGACAGUGGGGACACAUGGAGUACCGUGAGCAGACAUCGAAACGUUACCCGUGUCUCCUUCUCAUCACGCCACCGUCUGAGGAGGCGGGGGCGGGGCCGAGUGGACAGCACUACCCCCAACAGCGCUAGUGUAAUCCACAGCCUGUGUGCCUGUGUGGAAGAAUGGAAAAACUGAGAGAUAAUUUUAAAUGAACAUCUGAUUCUAUCAUUGCUGGGUUAAGUACUAUGUCAAAUGGCCAGAGUGGACAGCAGAGGUUUGGGCUCUCCAAGUUUUAACCUUUCAACACCAAAAGGAGCACAGUUGCCACCGAUCUGCGCAUCAGUUCAUGAGUCCAAAGCCAUCCAGUGGAGACUAUCUGCUUCUCCUGCCACCCUUGUGUCAUGUGAAGUAGGUAAGAUGCGAAUGGGGAGGAAACGUGAACAAAUUCUAAAUUUGUUUCAGCCAGUGAAGCAUGUUUUGGCACUGUAUCCCUAACAACUUUGGUGUUUGGUUUGUCAAGGAUUUGAGUAGUUGAGCCAUGCAAGUCUCUCUGCUUCAUACUGGUAGGUUGUAAUCGUGCCUAUGUUCUGUAUUAUCUUGCUUGCAAUAUGCUUGGGCUGAAAUUUGUCAGUACCCAGCUCUAUCAUGUCCAAGCUCUUUUGCAAAGGUGUUGCGUUACAGCUUGUCAAUAUCUGUAAAUGCAUGUGACAAUCCUCGCAUUAUGCUCUUUCGCAUCUCACUAUUUUUAUACAUCUUAUGCGAAUGUAUUAUGUUGCUGCCUGCAUUGUAAUGUUGAUUGUAUAUAUUUUCCCCCAUUAUGUAAUAAUUUAUCAGAUUUCUUUGCCGUUAAGUGAAUAAAUAAAGCAAGUAUAAUCUUG